UUUUUGUUUUAAAAUAAAGUGAAAAAAUGAGAAAAUCGAGAAUAAGACUGGAAAGGUCAAUAUGGAACACGCCAACACGUCUCUAUUUUUUAUCAACUGCAACACUUGUUUGUUUGUUCAUCUUUUUCACUCCAUAAAUUUUCAUUCUUUUUCACUUCCAAAACUUUUCCACUUUCAUCAAAUUCAUCUUUUUCAUAUAUUUGCUUGAACAAGAAGCAAAAGAAUCGCCUUUGAGCUUGUUUUUUUGGGUUUCAUGGGAUAUGAGCAAAUCCAACAAUUUCUUUCAUAAUCUCAUAAAGCCCUUCAAAUUUGGUUCAACCAGAGAGGGAAAUAGUGAAGACGAUAUACAGAACAUAGCUACACAAGAGCAGAGGACAUUUUCCUAUGAAACGUUGGUUGCUGCUACCAACAACUUUAAUGUUCAUAACAAACUUGGUGAGGGAGGCUUUGGACCUGUUUACAAGGGUAAAUUGAAUGAUGGGAGAGAGAUAGCAGUGAAGAAGUUAUCACUUGGUUCAAAUCAAGGGAAGACGCAGUUUGUUGCGGAGGCCAAGUUGCUGACACGCGUGCAACACCGUAAUGUGGUGAAUUUGUAUGGUUAUUGCAUCCAUGGCAGAGAGAAGCUUCUUGUGUAUGAGUAUAUCUCUCAUGAGAGCCUUGACAAGUUCCUAUUCAGAUCAAACAAGAAACAUGAGCUAGAUUGGAAACGCAGGUUUGACAUAAUCAAUGGAGUGGCAAGAGGAUUACUUUAUCUUCAUGAAGACUCUCACGACUGCAUAAUUCAUCGUGACAUAAAAGCAGCCAACAUUUUACUUGAUGAAAAAUGGGUCCCUAAGAUUGCUGACUUUGGCCUCGCUCGUCUCUUCCCUGGAGAUGAAACUCAUGUCAAUACACGUGUGGCUGGAACACACGGAUACAUGGCUCCGGAGUACUUGAUGCAUGGACAUCUAUCUGUGAAGGCGGAUGUGUACAGCUAUGGAGUUUUGGUGUUGGAGUUGAUCACCGGGCAUCGAAACUCCUCCUCUAAUUCAUCCUUCAAUGGAGACAAUCUCCUGAAUUGGGCAUACAAGCUAUACAAGAAAGGGAAGUGGGUAGAAAUGGUGGACCCAACAGUAGUAUCUUCUGUGACGGUAACAGAACAAGUGGAGACAUGCAUUCGAGUGAGUCUGCUAUGCAUGCAAGGCGAUCCACAGAUUCGUCCAACGAUGGGGCGUGUGGUGUUAAUGUUGUCAAAGAAACCACCAAGUCAUAUGGAAGAACCAACGAGACCAGGUGUACCUGGUUCCAGAUACAGAAGAACAGUGCCUCGUAGUCGUACACUUUUCACUACUGAUGACGAGAAUGACUCAUCUGCUUCACACAUUGAUUCAAGCAACUUUGACACUACUACUACCACCAAUUCUAAUUCUUCGGCAACAAGAACAAGUUCUGCUACUGCACAAGUAGACACGAAAGGGAAACGUCCAAUGCUACAUUGAUGAUAUCAUUCUUUUCUCUCGGUGGAGAGUUUUGAGGUUAUAUAGCAUUCUUUUUGUACCAUAGUUUUUUUUUUGUAUGUUUAAGUUUGCAUUAAUUAAGGUUGUAAAUGUUAUUAGGAGUAGGUGAAGAAUAAUGGAUUGAAAUCAUAUGUUCCUUUCUUUUUUUAUACAAUGUUCCUUCUUUUGGUUGGAAUA